AUGCAAAAUGCUAUUGCAAAACUUGUUGAAACAUGGAAAAGGCCAGGAACUAUUGCUUCUACUCAAACAGUAACAGGCCAAUUAGGUGUAUUAAAAAAAGACAACAUGAAGAAGAAGAGGGCAGCAAAUGGUGAAGCUUUCAAAGAAAGUGAAUUUGAUUCACUGGAAAUAUCCUGGUUUCAAAAAACAAAUGGUGAAGCUUUCAAAGAAAGUGAAUUUGAUUCACUGGAAGUUAAUAUUGCAUUUCUAGAAUAUGAGGCAGAUCAUAAAGCAACAGUGGCUAAAGAUGUGUUAAAUGGAUUCAAAAUUACACAUGAUAAAGAAAUGAAGGUUAUACUUGCAAGAAGAUGA